AUGAGAAGAUUUGGAUUGUUACUAAUAGUCUCAUUCUACUCUGCUGUUGGUAAUAUACCAAAUGAAGUUGCUAUUGGUGCUAUUUUUCCGUCUGAUUUUUCUAUAUUACAAGAAACAUUUCGGUUAGCUAUAAACAAUAUAAAUUCAGAUUCUAAUUUAUUACCCAAUACGAUACUCAUUCCGAUUACAGAGAAUGCUUCUACGCAAUUAGAAGUUAUUAGAGCCGGUGCUAUUUUUCCGUCUGACCUUCCUAUAUUACAAGAAACAUUUCGGUUAGUUAUAAACAAUAUAAAUUCAGAUUCGAAUUUAUUACCCAAUACGAAACUCAUUCCGAUUACACAGAAUGCUUCUACGCAAUUAGAAGUUAUUAGAGCUGCGUGUAAUUUAGUAGAUCAGCGAGUGAUAUCGAUAGUCGGACCACUAAUGUCUUUACAUUCAAAAAUUGUCCAAAUUGUGUGUGGCCAAUUGGGAAUACCGCAGAUUAGUAUCUUGGCCACAGACCCGAUGUUAUCUUUAAUACCGAUUUUGAACCAAUCGUCGUCUACGCUUUUAAAAAUGUCACCGCCGGAUACCUUUCAGAAUAAUGCCUUAAUACAUAUCUUGAAAUAUUAUGGAUGGGAUGCUUUUGUCAUUUUAACAGAAGAUAAUGAACCAGCUAUUCAUGCAACAAUGGAACUGCAAAGACUAGCUACGAAACACGAAAUUACACUGCUUUCUGUUCAGCGAUUUCCUUUGUCCGACACAAAAUAUCUCGAUAUUACCCGACAAUUGAAUGCCAUUAAGGAAAAGGAUGUCAGAAUAAUAAUUCUUUAUUGUGAUAUAACGAUAAGUAAAACUGUUAUAAACCAAGCUGAUCGCAUGAACAUGUUUCGUUCUGGAUGGACAUGGCUCGUCAUGGAUAGCAUUACAUCACACGAUUUGAAAUACUUAUCAGAUGAUGACGGAUAUAUACCAUCUUCUUUAGUUGGAUUAAUAGGAACUGCAUUUGCGGUUCCUGAUACCAUUUUGUAUUUAAAAUUAAAUCAGCAAGCUUUCACUCGUGUGUAUGAUGCAGUGUUAGCAAUUGCCAACGGACUUCACAAAAUUCUUUACGAAGAGAAAAUAUCUUUCGAACCUUCUACUUUCCAAAAAGGAAGUUGCACAGAUUCUGUCAAUAAGUGGAAAUGGGGUAGAUAUUUGUUGAAAAGUAUUCUCAAUUUGAGGAAUGUUAAUGGAAGUUUAGGACCUUUAAAGUUCACGAAAUUUGGUUAUCAUGAUCUCACCAGCUUUGAUAUAAAAAACCUUCAAGUCAAAGGUUUCGUUAAA